AUGAAUAUAGAAUUCCCGCACCCUCUGCCGGUCUCCCUUUCCCGGUGUCCCCUCUUCUCCCACUCUCUCUCUCCCCAUGCCCGGCCGGGCCAUGCCCCCGGCCGUCCCCGGCCCCGGCCGUCCCGCCGCGCUCUCGCCUCCGGCCGGCUCUGGCCGUGCUGGCGGCGGCGCUGCUGGGCGGGCAUCAGCGCCUGGGGCUGGGGCGGCAUCGCCGCCCUUUGGCUCCGCCCGGCCCGAGCCCGGCCCCGGCCCCGGCCCCGGCUCCUCGCGGGGCCCGCGGAGGACACAGGCGGCGCGGCCGCUGCCGCCGCCUCCGCUGCGGCUCGCCCGGCCCGAGCUCCGCCGCUCGGCAGCGCGGCCGCCGGCCCCGAGCUGCCGCUGUCCCGUGUCAGGGAGCGAAGGCCUGGCGAUGGCCGGCCCGGGGCGCUUGAGGGGCGCUCGGGGGCCGGUGCUGGCCCCGGGCCGAGCGCUGACAGCCACGUCCCGCCCGCAGGGAAGGCGCAGCGGGGCCUGAAGGAGCAGCACCGGCUGGGCUCGCUGCUGGGGCGCGGCGGCUUCGGCAGCGUCUUCGCGGCCACGCGGCUCUCGGGCGGCGCCCCGGUGGCCAUCAAAAGGGUACCACGGAAGCGCGUCCGGCACUGGGGCGAGCUGCCCGACGGCACCAGCGCACCCCUGGAGAUCGUACUGCUGGCCAAGGUGUCCACUGGCUUCCCCGGUGUGGUCCAGCUGCUGGAGUGGCUUGAGCUCCCCAAGGACAUCUUGAUGGUGCUGGAUUGCCCGCAGCAGUCUCAGGACCUGCAGCAUUUCAUUCGGGCACGGGGCUUCCUGUCCGAGGAGGUGGCGCGGGAGCUGUUCCGCCAGGUGCUGGAGGCCGUGCGGCACUGCACCAGCUGUGGGGUCCUGCACAGGGACAUCAAACCAGGGAAGAUCCUGGCUGACCUGGCCACCGGGCAGGCCAAAUUGAUCGACUUUGGCUGUGGCACCUACCUGCAAGACACAGCCUAUCCUCACUUUGAAGAGUGCCAAGACCUGAUCAGGCGGUGUUUAUCCAUGCUGGACAUGGAAAGGCCUUCAUUAGAACAGCUCUUGUGUGAUCCUUGGAUGCAGGAUAUUCAUCUGCCCUGGAAGAAGGGAGAGAGCCACGGGCACACUGUGAUGCAGGGCCCUGCCUGGUCUCACCCCAGGGAAGGAGAAGGAGCCCCUGGAGAAGCUGUGCCAGGUGGGGCUGCUGCUGCUGGAGCCAGCGAGGAGCACAUCAAGGAUGACAACCUCUUCCGGGACCUGGCCACUGGCAAGCUGAAGAUGAUAGACUUUGAUUCUGGCACCUUCUUCAAAGCCAGGCUCCACAGGGAAUCUGCAGAUGAGUCCACACGCAGGGGGAUGCUCCCAGAUUUGGGCAUUGCACAGCCUGGCUGGGAAACAAAGGUCUCUGAACGCCAAGGCACAAGGUUUGCAGGGCCUGUGCCUGCUACACAACACAAACAAACCCCCAUGGCGGGAGCACAGGUGGGACUCCAGAACCUGUGCAGGGCCUGCUUUACUGUGCAGGCAAGGAAGGGCUUGGGCUGCUCCUCUCCUCUUGUUUGCUUUGGGAUCACUGUUAUUUUGGGGGGCAGUGCAGGGGGGAAGGAAGAAAGCCUGGGCUUCCCUCACCCGUGGGUGUGUUUUUCCCUAGCAUGCAGCAGUUGGGCUUUCCUCAAGCCCCUGACAGAGAUAAGAUUUUUGACCUUUUUUCUUGUUGCUCCUUUGUGUCUGUAAUGUAUUUUCAGUAAUUUGCUGUUUGUUUUUCUAGAGGAAGCAUUUUAGGUGGGCUCCAGUCUGGAUUGGGAAGUGCUUGGGACCAGCUGCGGCGUGGAUGGGCCGUGCCCUUGGAGAAGGCUGAGGACAUUGUUUGGGACCAGCUUUUCUUCCAGCCCUGGAUGGUGUGAGGUGGGUCCCUGUCUGCUUGGCAUGGUGGGAUCAGAGCUUUUGGGAGAUGUCAGCGAGCACAGGAGCAUCCUGCUCUGGGCAGCUGCUGAGGAGGUGGAUGUGCCCUGGCCGGCUGCAGGCUGGGCACAUGUCCUGCCCUCCUGCUCUGCUCCCAAAGGCAGCAGUGAUGGGCAGCUCUGGGCACAGCUCUGGGCACAGCCAGCAUGGCCUGGGCACCGCGAGCGGCUGGGACAAGGGGACAGGAGCCCUCAGCUGACGGGUGGCUUCUGCUUUCUCUCCUUGCACCUGGGCUCUGUGGGUGCUGAGGCUGCUCUGGGCUCUGCCAGGGCUCUGCUGGAGCUCAGCACUGGGCUGGAAUCAGCCAAAGAAGAAAUGGUGGGACCUGCAGCACAGACGUGCUUGAGCAUUUUGGCAACACAGCUCAAGUUUGCAGAGUGUGCACCUCCAAGGGAAAACAUGACACCACCCAAAAAAUAAACUUGUUCAAUAACUUCUGAAAUGAAA